GAAUGGUUUUUACCAACGAUUAAUUCGCCCUCGCCGGUCUCCAAACUCUAAGUCCUGCGACCUUGCGCCGGAGUUCCUACUUCUUUUUCGUCUUCUCUUUUCCCUGCUCCUCCCCUUUGCUCGCCACGCUAUACGCUUGGGAGUGCUCAGGGGCUCUCCCUAGUCCCUUGUCCCUCCUCCUCUCGCUCUCUACUAGAGUCUCUCCGGAUCGGAGGCGGGGGGGGAGUCCUGCGCGCUUCUCUGAUCUCUCCUUCUCUCUCUUUCACCCUCUCUCUCUCUUUUUUGGUGUGUGAGUGCGCGCACUAAAUCACAUGGUGUUUUAAGAAAUGCUCCAAAGAUGGCGGUAGCGGCGGCCGGAGGGGGAGGCGUUGGCGGCCGGGUACAGCGGAGUGGCGCGCUGGAAGUUUUGGUGCGCGACCGGUGGCACCGGGUUCUGGUGAACCUCAGCGACGAGGCGCUGGUGCUGAGCUGCGAGGAAGGAGCAGGAGGCGCCCUCGCCGCUUACAACGGCAUCGGGGCAGCUGCGGCAGGCAGUAACGGCAAUGGGACUUUCUGCGGCAGAGGGGCAGCUACUGCGGCGGCGGCGGCGGCGGUGUCGUCGGGGGGCGCCGCCGCCUGCAACCUCUCCGGAGCGGGAUCGCCCGAAUCCCCGUCGGCGGGCAGCAACAGCAGCAGCCCCAAGUCGGGUUUGAUGAGCGGGGUGCGCACGGCUUUCACCGACCUGCCCGAGCAAGUCCCCGAAGCCAUCUCCAACAAGAAGCGGUGCGUCAAGGUGCUGAAGCAGGAGAUGGGCGGCUUGGGCAUCAGCAUCAAGGGGGGCAAAGAGAACAAGAUGCCCAUCCUCAUCAGCAAGAUCUUCAAAGGGCUGGCGGCCGACCAGACCCAGGCGCUGUACGUCGGCGAUGCCAUCCUGGCCGUCAACGGCGCGGACCUGCGGGACGCCACCCACGACGAAGCCGUGCAGGCGCUCAAAAGGGCCGGCAAGGAGGUGGUGCUGGAAGUGAAGUACAUGCGUGAAGCCACCCCCUACGUGAAGAAAGGCUCGCCAGUUUCCGAAAUCGGAUGGGAGACUCCCCCGCCUGAGUCUCCCCGUCUGGGAAACGCAUCCACCGAUCCCCUGUCUCAGGUGUCUCUCUCCAUCCACAGAGACAAGAAAACAAUCCCACUCAAAAUGUGCUACGUUACACGGAACAUGACUGUGUCGGAUCCAGAAAACAGGCUUGUUGAGGUCCAUUCGCCCGAUGCAAAGCACACCCUGGUUUUAAGGAGUAAGGAUUCAGCCACAGCCCAAGCCUGGUUCCAUGCUAUCCACUCAUGCAUCAGUGACCUCAUUCCUAAGGUCAUCUCAGAGGUCAAAGAUCAGCUGGGCAAAGCGGGAAUUGCUGGAGGCCGAGAGAUCAGGCAUCUCGGUUGGCUCGCAGAAAAGGUCCUGGGAGAGAACGACAAGCAUUGGAAGGCAGCGCUUGUUGUACUGACGGAGAAGGAUCUCUUGAUGUAUGACAGCAUGCCACGAAUCAAGGAAGCGUGGUUUAGUCCUCUUCAUUCCUAUCCUCUGCUGGCUACCAGGUUGGUGCAUUCAGGGCCUGGGAAAGGCUCGCCACAGUCCGGGGUGGACCUGUCCUUCGCUACUCGUACAGGCACGCGGCAAGGGAUCGAAAGCCAUCUCUUCAAGACGGAUACUAGCAGAGACCUCUCUCUGUGGACUCGGAGCAUAGUUCAGGGUUGCCACAAUGCAGCAGAGCUCUCCACGGAAAUCACAACCGCUUGCACAUACAAAAACCAGGAGUGCCGCUUGACCAUCCAUUAUGACCACGGAUUCUCUCUCACAACUGAACCUCAAGAUGGUGCCUUUCCCAAAACUAUUCUACAGUUUCCCUAUGAGAAGCUAAAAAUGUCCUCAGACGAUGGGAUUCGGAUGCUUUAUUUAGACUUUGGAGGAAAAGAAGGCGAAAUGCAACUGGACCUCCACUCUUGUCCAAAGCCAAUUGUGUUCAUCAUUCAUUCAUUCCUUUCAGCCAAGAUUACAAGACUUGGGUUGGUAGCAUAAGUACCGUCCAUCAGUUUUGCAAGGAAAAAAAGUAGAGCUACUUGCCCAAACUAAAGUUGUCAACACUUGGAACUGCUGAGACAUGUAACUAUUCUGCACAGGGGCUUAAGCUCUGGGCAAAGCCCAUGUUUGGAACAGCUAUAAAAAUUAGACACAGAAGAAUAAGAGUUAUCGAGAAGCUUAAAAUUCAGGAACGUUUGCUUCAACUAACGCUUAUUGCAAGGGAAACAACAUGGAUCACUGUAAAUAAAGGCAAAAUGGAGUAUUGAAGGAGUAAUAGCUUAAUACUACACGGUGGCAUUUUGAGAUUCUUAACUGUGCCUAUAUUAGUGUUACAGAGCAGUAAGUAGGUUCUGAGAAACUCCUGGGUUCCUCAGUGAAGAGACUGAUAAUGGUGGGCAAGUUUCCCUGAACAAAAAGCAUGCCCACCAAUUCAUAUAUUCUCCCGCAAUGCAUAGCCAGUGUGCGCUCUCUGUUCAUGUGGGGUGACUGCUGCUGCCCCCCUCCCCCCCCCACACACACAGAUCAGGGAGUGUGAACCGACAGUGUGCCCUGACAGACAAUGUGAUGCAGGUAGCGAUCCUUGAGGGUAGGAAAUUUCAAAACCACUAUAAGUAAGGUCUAAGCAGAUAGAGCAAUAUAGUGAGCAUUCAUCCACAUAGGAUUUGAUAACCAGAGUUGUCAGAUCCUGUGUACAAUGGAAGGUUUUUUCUCCACUGAGCCAUCCUUUCUGUUUUCCAAAAGCACCAGGAAAAUACCACUUUCCCUCCAUUAACGUACAGGUUGAGUGGUUUGCUCAUCCAGACAAUGAAUGCAAUACGAAGUGGAAAUGGUUUGGAAGUCCACCAUGUUUGUGUGUUUUCCCAGGGCUCUGUGAGCAUCUUAUAAAACGGCACAGUUCCCAGGGCCAAGGGUCAGAGUUGCUGCAGAAAGGCAAUACUGCCAAGGGGGGCAUACAGACACAGAGACACAUACACACACAAACACAGAAGAGGACCUUGAAAUUGUCCAUAGGGUUACAAUGGGCACAGUGAAUGAUUGGGUUGGAGGAGCUGCCAUGCACAUUCACUUGAUAAAAUGAACCAAGCUUACUUUUCCGAAAUGGAACUGCUCAGUUAAUAGCGAUACUGUGUGCAUUAACAGACACACCCACCCCAGUAUCACUGAGGUACAUGAUGCAUUUGAAAUCAAGGAAAUACAAUGAAGGCAGCUGAAAUGAUAAGGCCUUUUGGAGAAAUUCUAAAAGAGGGUCUGUAUUUUGAAUUGAGGAUAGGCUGGGAUGGCUAAACUGGUUCAGGAGUCCUGUGUGGUUCUUUUGACAGUUCAGUUGCAGCUCUUAAGCCCCCAAAGGCAUCUGUGCUGUUUGUAGCUCCUUGAGAUGCCCAGAGACCAUCCCAUCCCUGCCCUCUGCAGCCACCUAGAAGUAGUUGAAGAGGCUUGGCCAGUAUGCAGGUGGAAAAAGAGGGGGGGGAGACUGUUAAAGUUGCAUGGAGGGAGAGGAGGCAAGCAGCUGCCAAAGAGGUGUGGAGAACAUGGGAAGGAGAGGGGUUGUUGGCUGCCAAAGACUGCUCAAGAGUUGUGAACAGUGUGGAGAGGGGAGGGGAGGCUCAGCCAAAAAGGAACAAAUGAACCCAUUAUUAUUAUUAUUUAUUUAUAUAGCACCAUCAAUGUGCACAGUGCACAGAGAAAAAGGAGGAGGCCACUAAGGCCUGGAGAACAGUGAAGAUAAUCAGUAUUGCUUGUUUUGGGGUACCCGCAGUCACCUGACGUGAAUUAGGACCGGGAUAAUGGGGCCUUCUCCUCCACUCAUGCUCUGUAAGCCUCGCCUGGGAAUGGAGGGAGGGAUUAAUGCACUCCCUUCAAGGCCUUUUCCCAUUUCACAGGGCAUUAGAUGAGGAAGGAUGAAUUUGAACCUUCUCUAGGACUUUCCGCUCAGCACAUGCUCUGCAGGCUUCACCUAGGAAAGGAAGCAUUGAAUCAGUUCCCUCCCUUUCCCCUUAUCAACUGGCCUUCAAAAGGUAUAUAACCAGCAUGAAGACCCACAAGGCCUCUACCUCUAAUUAGCUGUGACAUUAAUACUGUUUUUAAUUAAGAUUAAAAAAUAUGUAAUGUGUGUGUAAAGGGUUAGGGUUCUCUUGAAGGUCGUGGUGUGCAGUUCAGCAGGACUAAAACAUUGGCCAACCCUGGCAUGGGCCAAAAGCCCAGCAACAGUGGUCCUCUCUACUGACUGACUGCCUCUCGCAAGAGUUGACACAGGAAAAAGCCCUGUUAACCCCUCCCUCCCCAAUCUGCAGAGCAACAGGAGCUUAAGCAGCACCCUCCCUCUUUUAUACAGGUCACUCCCAUUUGCUUGUUUCUUGUCCCAAAAUAUAGAUUUGGACAGCUAAGAACAGCGACAGCACCAGGGAAGCUGCCUACCCUCAUGAUUAAGUGUCAUGUUUAUUGUUUCAUAUUACUCAAAAGCAGUAUUGUUUGAAUGACAGCUCCCAAAGCCAUCAACACUAAAACCCUAUUUUGUACACAAAAAAGGAAGAAAAUAUUGGGGUGGGUGUGUGUUGAAGUGUUAUAGUUAUCCUUGUUAUUCACACUUUUGGGAAACUCUACUAAGAUUUCACUAUUUAUGGCCUUUGAUUGGUAGACAAAGGGGAACUCAGUUAUGUUUCAUUUUAAUUGCGUUCUCUGGAAGCGGGAUGCAGUAAAUAAAUCCAAUCUGCUCUAUAGGGUUGUUUUUGUACUUAUGCUAAAUUGGGAAACUAUCUUGUUCUGCAUACCGAAGACACCAAGCUGAAUCCAUAUUACUCCAAUGAUAACUGUGCAAUAUAACUUUGGGGAUAAGGUCAUGGCAGAUAUAACAUUCCUGCUCUUCUUAACCACAGUAAAAAGAUCUUACGCCCUCUGGUUUUAGCAUUAGCCAGGAUUUCCUUUCAAUCAGAGUUUGAAGCUGGUUAUUAUUGAAUGCUGAUUGAGAGAACUCGGUCAGCAUUAAUAAUGGCUACCAUUGACGUUGUUUAAUUCUUAACUGUGGGUUAAGGUAGACGUGGGAAAACCACAGAGGGAUUGAUCUCUUAAAUAUGAUUAAGGUAGCGGGAGCAAGACAUGUGCACCAGCCCUGUUAGGUAGUUAUAUGACUUAGCUUGUCUUCCAUAAAUGAACUAGCAUGAUUCUUGUGACAUUGAGAUAAAUUAAUUUAAGAAAGUGUUGUUGGAUCUAGUGUAUCACUUCAUUGUGCACAUGGCGUUUGUUUUGGAAUGGGCUUCCACAUUUCAAUUCAAGGGAAUUAAAGCAGCCAUGCACCCAGAGAUAGAUUUCUUCCUUACACUGAAGUAAAUAGGAACGUCUUUGCAGGCAGACGCUCUGCAUAAAUGCAUUAGAAAAUGUCAAUGUCCGUCAGUUAAGGGAUGAUAGUGGGUAUGUGAUUUUUGUUUAAAUUGCCUUUUGCGAGAAAUUAAGGAACAUGCAAAUAUACAAAUGCAGAGGAAUACCAACUUACAUGCUUACCAACCUAGCAGGAAUUACAAGUUCUUCCCUCGAGAUAUCUUCAGUCACGAACGGAAGGUAUUUAUGAAAUUGAGUGACAGAAAGUCAGAGAAUAAAACCAGAACGUUGUAUUGUAGGGAAACUCAAUGCAUAUGUAAAUUAUACUGCACUACUUCUUUAAACACUUAACAAAAAUCACUGGAAUAUUAUAGAUUUAUCUGCAUUGUAAAUAAUCAAAGUUCAUCUACUAGUUAUCAAUUAUUAAGUGACACAGUAUGUCAUGUAAUUUACGGUGCUCAGAUUACAAUAUGAAGAAUAAGUGAAUAACUAGUUUGCAAAGAGAAAAAUUGUUAUAUAUUUAUAGACAAAUUAAAUACAGAUUUUGGACCGACUCAUAUUUGGUUGAGGUUGAUAGAAUGAACUCUAUGGAGCUACUCCAGAUUUAUAAGAAUUUAGUUUAAAAUAUUUAUAUUUUAGAGGGAGAAGACUAUAUUUAAUAAAAAUUUCAUUUAUUGGA